AUGCUCGAGGAGCACUGCACCGGGCCCUGCGCCGAUCAGGUGAGCAAGCUCUCCGCGGAGGUGUUCGGCCCGCCUACAGGAGCCCUCGGUGAAGGCACCUUUGCCGCCGCCUCGCAAGCACCACCUUGGAUACACCCUGGUGGCCCGACGGUCCCAGGUGCGCAGCCGCUGCGCGAUGGUGCCGACGGACGUGAGGCGGUCACAGGCGGCGAGCCGCCCAUCUGGAGAGAGUACGAGGGGACGUGGGAAUGCACCUGGAUCAGCGGUGACCAGGACAGCUUCCUCGCCUCACAGGGCGUGCCGUGGUUCACUCGCAUCGGAUUUCAGGCUCUCGGCUCGGGCGUGGGCACCGGGAUGACGAUCCGCCUCGUCGGCGACGGCAGCGCCUGGGUCGUGCACUUCUGGCUCCCCGGCCUUCCUGAUUACGGAGAGAGCUUCACCGGCGCCUUCGCGACGGCUUACGUGUUUCUCCUUGGCUUCGAUGGCCGGCUGCGAAAGUCGGACCUACCGAUGAUCGGUCGGCACUCCACCGUCGGCGCGUACGAGAGGAGUGGUCCAAUGUAUGCCGUGCGGCUCGACAAUGGAGGCUACCUGACCACAAGGCACGAGCUGGUCGACGGCGGCACCGGCAUCAUUGCGCAUGGGGCGUGGAUCGCGGACGGCCACCCGCUCACGGCCACGACGUCCUUCUUUCGCCGGGUCGGCGCCGCUCGCAACGGCUCGACCCCGGCCUCCUCGGCACGCGGAUGGGAUGCCGCCGCCGGCUCGGCAGCCGCGACAGCCGCGAAUGCGCACCCUCUCCUGAGCCUCUACAACAAACUCUACAGCAAAAUCGCGCUCUACAUCGCUCUACAACGCACGCAGUUCGUCACGCGGCGGAUGUAG